UGUGACCAGUACAAGAAAGGAAUCAUUUCUGGCUCCACGUGCAAAGACCUGUGUGAGGAGCGCAGCCUCUUCUUCCAGCACUGCCUCUCCUCCUCUCCCACCCAGCAGGUUUACAGCGGGCUCUGGCGGGAGCGGGAGGUGAUCAUCAAAUGCGGCAUCGAGGAAGUCUUGAAGGCAGAAAGCCACCCGGACUCUGCGCUCAGGAGGGACGUGGUCCUCUUUGACAAACCCACGCGAGGGACAUCGAUGGAUGAGUUCAAAGAAAUGCUCCUGAACUUCCUAAAGUCCAACCUGGGAGAUCAGCCUUCUCUCACAGCCUUGGUGAGCCGGAUCAUCGCCAUGGCAGAUGUGAACCGGGACGGGAAAGUGUCUUUAGCAGAGGCCAAAUCCAUCUGGGCACUACUCCAGCUCAAUGAGUUUCUUCUUAUGCUCUCCUUGCAUGAGAAAGAGCACACUCCCAAACUGCUGGGGCACUGUGGGGACCUCUACGUCACUGAGAAGAUCCCCCACACCUCCCUUUACGGCGUGGAUGUCCCCCCCUUCCUCCAGUCGCUGCUGCCUUCAGUCAUCCACCAGCUCAUCCACCAGUGGUUCGCACCAGCGUGGCCCCGGCGGGCGAAGAUUGCCAUCGGCCUCCUGGAGUUUGUGGAGGAGAUAUUCCACGGCACCUAUGGGAGCUUCUACAUCUGCGAGAGCGGCUUCAAGAACGUGGGGUACAAUGACAAAUUUGACUUCAAAAUGGUCAACCUGCGUAAGGUGGCGACGGAGAUGACAAUCAGAGGUUUCCUCAAGGGCCGUCACUGUGAGCAGAACGUGGACUGCACCUACGGGAAGGACUGCGCGGCGACGUGCGACAAGCUGCUGAAGCAGUGCAAAAGCGACGUGGUGCAGCCCAACCUGGCGAAGGUCUGUGGGUUGCUGCAGGACUAUUUGCUGUACGGGGCACCGCUGGAGCUGAAAGACGACCUGCAGAAACAGCUCCGAACGUGCAUGACCCUCAGCGGCCUGGCCAGCCAGAUGGAAGUGCACCACUCCCUUGUGCUGAACAACCUCAAGACCUUGCUCUGGAAGAAGAUUUCAAACACCAAAUAUUCCUAA